AUGGCAAAAUAUUCAUUUGAAACCACAGCCGAUGUAGUCGCUGCUGACUACUCUGCCGCCAUCAAGAGCAAAGUCAUCCUUAUCACAGGCGUAUCGCCUGGCGGACUCGGUGCACAAUUCGCAUUAACGAUUGCAAAGCACUCGCCUGGCCUACUUAUACUGGCCGGGCGAAAUAUCGACAAGAUACAACAGACCGCUUCCUUAAUCAAGGAGUCGGUAUCUUCUGUGCCGACACGAGCUUUGAAACUCGAUCUCAACUCACUGGCCCAGGUUAGGGAGGCGGCAAAGAUAGUGAAUGGAUACCAGGAGCAGAUCGAUAUACUGGUGAAUAACGCAGGAAUAAUGGCUCCUCCGUACACAUUGAGUGAAGAUGGUAUCGAAAGCCAAUUUGCUACCAAUCAUAUUGGACAUUUUCUCUUCACUAAUCUCAUAAUCAACAAAUUGAUCUCCAUAAGCGACGGGAGAGUUUCGCGAGUCAUCAAUGUUUCUAGCGACGGCCACCGCUUGUCACCUGUGAGGUUCGCAGAUUGGAAUUUCGAUAAUGGGAAAAAUUACAAUCCAUGGAUUGCUUACGGUCAGACAAAGACCGCAAACAUGCUAUUUUCAAAGUCGCUUGCAGCGAAACUCGGGCCAAAAGGACUUAUAUCCGUCAGCCUACAUCCAGGAGUUAUCCCAACAACAAAUGUAGUAAGAUUCGUGCCAGAUGGAGGAUGGGAUGGGCUUAUCAAACUAGAUCACCAACAAGGCAACCGCAAGGCCUGGGGUGGCUUCAAUUUUAAGACGCUUGAACAGGGUGCCGCCACUCACGUUUACGCCUCUUUCGAUGACUUAAUAUCUACAAAGCAUAAUAAUGGUGCGUAUCUUGAGGAUAGUCGGAUCUUUAAACCAGAGGAAGUGCCUAGUUGGGGAAGGGAUGAAGUCGAGGCAGAGAAACUGUGGAAGUUGAGCGAGCAGAUCGUGGGCCAACAAUUUGAGUACUGA